GCAAUAAUUUUCAUUCGUCCGCGCGCAGCCGACACCGGUAGCCGUUUGGAGUGACGCGACGCGACGCGAGUAACUAUCGUAACACAAUUCGAAAUUCAAGCCAUAAAAUGACCCGGGCUUCCGCUUUCAAAACGGUAUUUUAGAUUUCGAAAAUGACCAAGUACAAGUUAAACAACAACGUACGUUCCUCUUCCGAAGUGACGCUCACAUCCUAUCUCUCAGGAAGCAUGGAACGGAAGGACAAUGUUUUCUUACAACUAAGUCCUAACGAAUCUAAAUGCAACGUUUGCCCUAACUCCUGUUAUACAGAUCAUACUCUCAGUUUGGACAAGAGUACGAAAUUUGGCUUGAAUGAGUUAAAAGUUGAGAAUUUGGAGCGGGAUGUGUGUUUGUGCGAGAAAUUCAAUGGUGGAUGCAAAGUGUGUCCUAACCCGAGCCCAGCGCCAACACUGACCAUUAAUUUGGAAGGUGCCCAGAAGGAGUGCUUAUCAUGUCAUGGCACCUCAUUAUAUCCUAAUAAUUCGAAUAAUUCUUACCCUGGCCCUGGCUACUCAGAGAAGAAUAAGUGGAGAAGAGGACUCUCAAAACAAGCGAAGUCCUGUUGCUCCAAGAAGACUCUUUUACGAAGGCUUCCCAUCCUAUCCUGGCUUCCAAGCUACAGUUUCAGGAAUGGUAUAGCUGAUGCCAUAGCAGGAAUCACAGUAGGCCUAACAGUAAUACCCCAAGCCAUAGCCUACGCGGGCGUAGCAGGCCUACCCCCGCAGUAUGGCCUUUAUUCUUCAUUCAUGGCCUGCUUCGUGUACACAGUCUUUGGAUCUGUAAAGGACUCAGCCAUAGGCCCUACGGCCAUCGCGGCCAUUCUAACGAGAGAAAACUUGCAUGGCCUAGGCCCUGAGUUUGCUGUCCUUCUGGCCUUUCUCUCUGGGUGCGUGGAACUUGUUAUGGGCAUUCUUCAACUAGGUUUUCUAAUUGACUUUAUAAGUGGACCAGUCUCCGUGGGCUUCACAUCUGCCGCGGCUAUUAUCAUUGCGACAACUCAAGUCAAGGAUAUCCUGGGACUCAGUUUUCCUGGAGGAAAGUUUCUUCAGGUGUGGUCUGGAAUUUACGAGCACAUAGGAGAGACAAGAUUAUGGGACACAGUAUUAGGAUUUUCGUGUAUCGUGGUGCUGCUUUUACUAAGGAAAGUAAAAGAUAUAAAAAUAAGCGAUUCGUCGGAUAACACGAGUGAGGUGGCUGGUAUUGAGGAGACUGUUGGUAGCAGUAGUAAGGUCCGCGCUGGGGCUUCGCAAGCUCUAUGGUUCCUCUCCACUACAAGAAACAUUCUAGUCGUUCUACUCUGUUCCGCGUUAGCGUACUACUUUGAUACUAGAAACCAGGUGCCGUUUGUAUUGACUGGAACAGUGAAGCCGGGAUUACCAGAAUUUUCCCUUCCGCCAUUUUCAGCGACUGUCGGCAACCACACAUACACAUUCAUGGAGAUGACGUCGACCCUCGGAUCUGCGAUAUUCGUGGUUCCUCUCCUCUCUAUAUUGGAGAAUAUAGCACUGGCUAAGGUUUUCUCGGAGGGUAAACGCGUAGACGCCACUCAGGAGAUGAUAGCCCUGGGAGUGUGCAACAUUGUGUCAUCGGUAGUGGAUUCGAUGCCUGUGUCGGGUGCUUUGUCUCGUGGGGCUGUGAACCACGCGUCUGGGGUCGCCACCCCAGCUGGUGGGGUUUACACUGGGGUGCUGGUUUUGCUGGCUUUGCAGUACUUCACGCCAUACUUCUAUUACAUUCCGAAAGCGUCUCUUGCGGCGGUGAUCAUCGCGGCUGUCGUCUUUAUGAUGGAGCUUCACGUGUUCAAACCUAUUUGGAGGACUAAAAAAAUGGAUAUAAUCCCAGCAGUGGUGACGUUUGCCACAUGCCUUCUAGCGAGGCUGGAGCUGGGCAUUGUCGCAGGGAUUGCUGUCAAUCUUCUCUUCCUUCUUUACGCUUCUGCCCGACCGUCUGUCAGGGUGUGUAGGGCUGUGUCAAGUGACGGAGUGCCAUACAUUCUGGCGACGGUGGACCGAGCGCUAUCGUUCCCUUCGGCGGAGUUCGUUCGACGCGCUUUACGCAAGGCUCCUUCGGAUGCCCCUCUGGUGCUGGACGCACAUCACGUUCAAGCCGCUGACUUCACUGCUGCUAAGGGCAUAAAAUCUCUGAUAGACGACUUCCACGCUCGAGGGCAAACAAUAAUCUUCUACAACGUUAAGCCGUCCAUUGCCCACGUGUUUCGUGGAGUUCGUCCGCGGGAGUUCCUCAUUUGCUCGCAUCGGGCCGAGUUGGAUAGGCUUCUGCUGAACAUCACCAGGGGAACGAAGCAGUCUUGAUUCGAUCCUGUUCUAGUAAAUGUGUUUCUAAAACUGGAAACAUUAACCCUUGUGAUAUCAUAUAAGUAUUAAAUUGAUAAAAAUCUACAAAUAAAUUAUUAUGCAAGCGCUUUUACAUAUAAGAUUGUGUAGUAUUUUAAUCAACUAGUUCUAAUUGUAAAACGGUAUAUUUUAGCAAAGAAAUAUAAGUUUGUUUGACGUGCGCAGGACAUAUUGAAAACUGAUUUAAAGCGCUAUCCACACAUUGUACGUAACCGACUUUUUUCCCCGUCCCUGACGGAACACGGCCGGGACGAGUUCCCGGAAAUGUGUGGAUAGCGCUUAAAAAAUUCAAACGGGAAUUUCUUCACAUAAUUCGACAUUGACCUAUACUCCCGUGUUCUUCAUUGGUGAAGGUGGCGCCUUUUGUAAGGUGCCUGCUGCCUUGGUAGUGAUCUCUCCACUUUGUUCGGUCUAUAGCUAUCCUUAGAACACCUGUUAUGGGGAUAUCCGUGAGAAUCGUGGCUUUUGCCUUGAACCAGCUUGUCCAGGUUAGGGAGCGUUCAAGUAUUAUAGUAACGCAAUUUUUGGACCCCCCCCCCUCAUGUAACACGCCGUACUACCUAAAAGUUACCAUUAUUUGGUGUAAAGUACUGGAAAGUCGAAAAUAAUAUUAACAAUAACGCGUAAUUCAAUCACCGCCCCGCAUCGUAACGUUUUACAAAAGGACCCCCUUCCAAAUUUCGUAACGUAAUACUUGGUUACCGUACCUUAUCUGGUUUGCGACGAGGGCGAUAUGACCAGUCAGUUAGAGUAUGUCGUUGAGUCUCAUACGAAUACUUCAAUAAGGAACGUGAAAUGUCAAGUUAAUGUAAUAAAUUUGCGUUUCUAUCCGUUAAAUAAGUUUUGUUAAGAUACCAUUUAUAUAAAACGACGAAAGAGUGAAUCUACUAUAAUAACUUAAUCAUUACCUUGUAAAGGCUAGUUAUAAAUCGACGAUUUAGCUAAACCUAAAGAAUUUAAAAUAGUUCUUAAGAUUUUCAUUUACUGUACUUCUUUCUACCUGUCUAUGGACUUUAAAAUUGUAUAUUGAUGAAUAUAAUGAUAUAAAUUAUUUUAUAAAGGUGA